CGCGAAUCCAGAGCAGUCCAUAAUUUUUUCGUUGCCUGAUUUUUCCUGUGUUUAUUUAUCUGAACUGUAAAAGUGUAUAUGUUGAUAUGAUUAUGAUGUUGGUUGUUUGAUAUGAUGAUUGGAGACUGCAGUCUGGAUGAUUUUUUUCCAAAACUGCUGUGAGAACUUCUGAAGAGGAGUAAACUGAUGAAGGAAGGCAUCCAGGGGAACACAACAGUGACUCAGAGAGCCAGCAACACACACGUCCACGUCCAUCAAGUCACAGUUUAUUUUAUUUAGACGUGCUUAAUGUUUAACCAAUUAACACGUCAAUUUGACAAGCAAUAAAUUCUAUUGUCUCUUAAUCUCAGUGACUUGAUAUAUUUUUAAUAAUUAAUCUUAUUUGGCUUGUUUAAAAUCAUUCAUCAUCAUGCCAUUAAAAACUGGUGAUCCAAUUAUUCCAGCAACAGCUGUCGAGAUGAAAGUUGUAAAAUAUCUCAACCCAUAUCAAAUGAUUGGAUAUGAUGUGAAAGAACACAAAAAAAUAUUAGUACAACUCAGUAAAAUUUUGCCAAAAAUGGUUUUAACUAAUCGCAAGCAUCAAACACACUUGGAUACUCUUGUUGAAAAUGGAACUAAAGUUAUUUUAAGAGGUCGUAUUGAAGACUGGAAUGAUAUACCUUGUUGGUGGUGUCGUGGAGAAAUAAUUGGAUCAUGUAAAGAUGAUGAAAAUAAAUUAAACUAUGAUGUUUAUUUAAUUGACUUUGGAAAAAUAGUUAAAAUAGAUAGAUCAGAAUUUACCACAGUUCCAAGUGAAUCAUUUAAUGAUUAUCCAUCUAUGGCAAUUAAUUUUGGUCUUUAUAAUAUUUUACCAGCUUAUGAACGUAAAAAAAAAAUUGACAAAAAUUCAACAGAACUUGUUAUUGUAAAAAAAUGGCAAGAAGAAGCCAUUAAUUUAACUCUGCAAUUAUUAUCAGCAUCAAAAAUAACAUAUUUUAAUCAAAUAGCAGUCGAUGAAAACAAGAAAAAAUAUGGUGAAAUUUAUCUGUCAAUUGAUGAUCGUAUAUGUGCACUGAGAAAAAUACUUGUAUACUCAUGUUUGGCAACAUAUGUAAGCCCCGAAAUACGUACAAUACUGACAAAUAUUAAUAAUGGUAAAAAUAUUAAAAAUGAAAUAAUUAUCACAAAUAAUGUACCAUACUUGGAGCCAUUUGAUACAAAAAAUAUAUCUGAUAAAUCAUCCAAUACAAAAUCAUCAUCAUCAUCAUCAAGUGAAACAACAAAAUUUGCUAAAAAUAGUAAUGAUUAUUUGAUUGUCAGUAAAGUACAAGUUGAUGGAUUGCCAUGUUUAGCUGAAGCAAAAUUUCCAUAUGAUAUACAUAAAAAUUUAUCAUCAAUGAAAAUAACAAGUUUACGUAAUAUACAAUCACUUGUUUGGCCAGCAAUAACAAAGGGUCUUGAUGUAUUGGCAAUUGGUCCAACUGGUUGUGGUAAAACAUUAUCAUAUGUACCACCAAUUUCAAGUAUUAUUGCUAAAACAAGAAAUGAAAGAUAUGAUACAUAUCCAAUGGCACUUGUUAUUUGUGCAAAUACAAAUGACGUUAUUGACAUCAGUAAUUUAUUUCAAGGAUUACUUGAAAAUUAUGAUAAAAUAAAUAUUAUAUCUGCAUACAAUGGUCGUCCAGAUAGAACAAUAUCAAGUCUCAUUAUAAAUGGUUGUCAUAUUAUUGUAUCAACAGCACCAUAUUUAUUGAGAUAUUUAUCAAAAGAUGAAAGUCAUUGUAAAAUAUUAAAUUUAAAAUAUUUACGACAUAUUAUUGUUGAUCGUGUUGAUGUUAUAUUGGAAAAACACAAGAAACCAUUAACUGAAUUAUUUAAAAAAUAUACACCAAUUGGAAGAGAUAAAUUUCGUAAUAUGGAAAAUACAACAAUACAAUUUAUUGCUGUUGCUGAAAAAUGGUCAACAAAUGUUGGACAAUUUGCUGGUUUAUUUACAAAUCCAUAUACAUGUAUAACAUCAUUUCCUGAUGCUGUUAUAUGUUGUGGUAUUAAACCAGUAUUACGUUUAAUUCAUAAAAUUGAUAAAUCAGAUAAAAUUAUUCAAUUACUUGGUGAUAAUUGGAAAACAUUAAAAACCGUUAUUGUUUGUACUAAUAAAGAAGAAGUUAAUGAACUAAAAAAAUCAUUAUCAAGUACUCAUGAUUUAAUAAUACUAGAUGAAGAUAUAUUAAAUAUUGAAAAAAAUAAACAAUUAUGGAAUAUCAGUAAAUGUGGAACAUAUUCAAUAUUAAUAUGUACUGAUUCAUUAUUAUCAGAAAUUGGUAUAAGAGAUGCUGAUUGGUUAAUACAUUAUUCUGUAUCAACAAAAACAAAAUCAAUUUUUUACAAUAGAUUUGUAACACUUAUGGAUAAAUUAAAAAAUGAAAAACAAAAAUUAGUUACAAUAUUUAUUGAUGAAACAAAUGAUGAACAAUUAAGAGGUGUUAUUGAUUUAAUAAAAAGAUCUGGUGGUAAAUUAUUAGGUAAAGAAUUACAAAGUAUUGAAAAAAUAUGUGCAAAUUGGGAUAGAAAAAAAAAAGAAUAUUCUUUAUGUGAUAAUGUUAAAUCACUUGGUACAUGUACACAAAUUGGUAAAUGUCCAUAUCGUCAUUUUGUAUUAACAAAUAUUGAUUCACCAAUAACACCAAUUGUCAUUGGUUAUAAAAUUAAAAUGAUUAUAACUUGGGUUCACAGUGCAACACAUUUUUCAGCAAGAAUAUUUGAAUAUAAAAAUAUGGCUGAUAAAAUUUAUAAACUUGAUGAAUCACAACAUUUAAUGAUACCAAUUAAAAUUCAAAGUUAUUUAUCACGUCAAGAAAAUCGUGAAAUACCAAGAAUAAUUGAAGUUGGUGGUAUUUAUGGAUAUGAUGAAGGUUUUAAAAAUUAUAAAAGAGUACAAGUUAUUCAUAUUAUAAGUAGAGAUAAAUUUAAUGCACCACUUUAUGUUGCAAUUAGAAUUAUUGAUACAGGAAUGAUUGUACAUAAAAUAAGAGUAUCACAAUUACUCAAAUUAAGUGAUGAUUUAAUAAAUGAACCACAAAAUAUUAUGGAAAUAUUUAUAGCAAAUAUCCUACCUUAUGAUGAUGAAGAAGAAUGGAGUAAUGCUGCUGGUUUAUCAACAAAAGAAUGGCUUAAAAAACAUGUUGUUGGUGAUGCAUUUUUACAAGGAAAAGUAUUACUUCAUUUGGGAAAUACAUUUUGGGUUGAUUCACUUGAUAUAACUGAUAAUUUUCCUGGUCGAUCAGAAGAUGUUACUAUUGCUUCAUUGCAAAAACAUUUAAUUAAAUGUCGUUAUGGCAUUUACAGUGAACGUCAUAUGAAUGAAUUGAUGAAAAUUUGUCCAUCUGAAGAAAUUGAUAAUACACCAACAUCAAUAUCAUCUUCAAAUACUGUGAUAGGUUGUUGAACUGCAGCAUGACCAGUGUCGUUUUUGAGGAUGGCCUUGGUGUCCAUGACCGCAGCCUUUGUAUCCUCCUUAAAAUUAUAACAAAAAUAAUAUUUAAAUACACCAACUUAUUGUAU